CGUCAGUCAUCGCAGAACGACGCCUUUUGAGAGUUUUGUGAGGAUCAUGGCCAGUGCACCCGACCCCAUUGCCACGCAGUCGGCUUCGGCCACCACCACCAGAGACAGGGAGGGGAACCGACGAGUCCCGCUGCAGACCUUCCUCCGAGAGAAUAUGAUGCUCAUCCUCCUGGGAGCCUUCGCGGCGCGUAAGCCAGAAGAAAAGACGGCUGACCAUGCUCGCUUCUCGAUGAGUGAUGUUCUUCUUCCCCAUCACACGUCUGCAGUGACCGACUGGUUCUCCUUCUUGGAGAUGCUGAUUGACGAACCGUCCGAGUACACCGUGCCCCCUCAGUGCAAGACCCUCCUGCUCGCGUCUGCCUUCAUCUCCACCACCCUGCUCGUCCUCAGGUGGUGGCUCGAGUAUCAGCUAGUGAACGCUACUAUGGUAUGAUUGCGGCCAAGAUCAAUCACGUCUCUCGGGGCGAUUGGUCUCAUGUGGUGUCUCAGGUGAAGCGCGUGAAACGGCCGUCGAGAGACAUCGAAAUGGGCGAGCACACAGUGCACUCUCGCCUCAUCCAGCCCGGCGUAGCAUCACAGGCCUCUACACCCCGAGGGCCCUCUGUCAAGGCACCCGAGAUACCCCGCUUCCACCGGCCCGAUCCGCCUCAGUGGCUCGUCAGCAUGACCCCUUUCUUGGGCAGCAUCUCGGUCUGCAAUGACAGCAUCGACUUGAUCAACGUCGUUGUCAUUCUGCGGACCAAUCCAGGAGCCAGCACUAUGGGGACACUCAUCUGCAAUCUCUUUCUGGAUCUCCUCAAUGCCGUCGCCUCGGCCUAUGAGGCCAUGGGCUUCGAAGCCUCGCAGCAGCAGCUGGCGCAGGAGACAGAAACUCUCAGGCUGCGAGGAGACGCACGGGAAAUUUCGAAGCUCCCCCAGAUGCUCGCUGGUCCCUGUUUUAUGGGAGCGAUCAGUGCGGUGUUGGCUGUUUGGUUCCCUGCGCUUUCUUGGCUGUUUUCUUUCUUGUUCUGGUUCCUCGGCGUUUUCUUGCCGGUGGUGGGUAUCAUCGGUAUCAUUCACGGGUCAAUCCAAUACUAUCACCCUGGCAAGAUCUUCGUCGACUACAGCAGAUUGGGCCUCCUCCACCUCCUGAUUGCCGAGCUUGUCGAUGCGACGACUGACUGGAUCACAUGGUUCACGAUCGCGAUGGCCAGCGAGAGGGUCCCCACAUGGCUUUGGCGGCUCUACCUUCUUUCCCCUUUGACAGGAGGCCUCAUGCUUUAUCCUUGCCUGGUCGCAAUGCUUGAAGCCAAAAUCGAUGCCAAGGCCCACCAACAGACGAUAGGAAAUCGUCUUGCCAACCUAAUCUGUGAGGAUCUUCUGGGCCUGGUGUGUAACAUCUUCUUCCUCUGCUAUCCCACUUACCAGCUGCAACUGCUCCCCAUUGCCAACAUCAUCCUUACGCUGGCGGUCAUUACCUGUCAGCUGAUUACAGAAAUCAAGGGGCUGCUUCAUGCCGAAAAGCUUUUGGCAGAGACUCUGGAUGAGAGACACAUCGAGGAGCUUCUGAAUGAUGGAGCGGAUCCAAACAUGGCGUGCGGUGAACCACUUCGGCGCGCCCUGAUGAUCAAGGCAGCGGAAAAAACAAUAACGACCGCAUAUUCAAAAUCGUUGAGCUGCUGUUGGAAGCCGGAGCAGACCCGAAUCUCUACAAGACUCAGGCAGGGGGCUUGGCUAUAGCACCUUUGGAUUUAGCGGUGACAAAAUGGCGAACAGAAAAUAUUCAACCAGGCUCACGAAGUAUUUGCGUCUGACUUCAGGCACUGCAGCCCGAGCUGAACGAUGUCGCCGCCCUCCUCGCAGCCAAUAAGGCUAAGCACUCCAAGGAUUGGCACAAAUACGGCGGCCGCACCGACCGGAAAGCCUAUGCUGCCAUUGUGAUGCGGUCGAAUGCCCUGCAAGAGAAGAAAGAUCGCAACUUCCGCGAAGCGCAC